ACACAGGUCGCACUCCCAAUUUUGCACUCCCAAAUCGAGAUUCAAGAAUCGCUUCAUCACCAAACCACUUCCAUCUCCCGUUUAUCAACGUCAAUCAUCCAACAUGGGUAAGGUUCACGGCUCUCUCGCCCGUGCCGGUAAGGUCAAGGCUGCCACUCCUAAGGUCGAGCCCCAGGAGAAGAAGAAGAACCCUAAGGGUCGCGCCUACAAGCGUAUUCUUUACACCCGCCGUUUCGUCAACGUUACCAUGACCGGUGGCAAGCGCAAGAUGAACCCCAACCCCGGCCAAUAGAUUAUUCAAGUCGUUAAAACAACCACCUGAGCCGCGAUCGGCUAGCCGAGUUCUACGAUGAAAACCUUCGCAUGACCACGGCACGACCACGGCCCAAACGAACGAAAGCAUACCAGAUAUGGCUGGUACUUGUACGGAUGAUAUCACGCUUCUUCGUCUUCACUUGAAUUUUUUUUUUGCUGGCAACGGAUGGGUUUUUUUGGAGGCUGAUUCGCGGAAAUGGAUGAACACACAUGGUGGUCUGAGGAUGGAAAGCUGUGGCUGGAUGUGAGCUGUCUACGGGCAAUCCUCGCAGGCUGGACUUCAGAGUCACUUUUCGACUCAUUUCAUAGGCUGUCAUGAAUUGCAUUUCCGAUCCAGAAAUGGACUCUACCUCUUUUUCCA